CAGCUUCGUCGAACAGAAACAUUUGGGGUCCUUUUACUUCACGUGUGCGUCUGCUGCGCUGCCAUCGUGAGAGGAAACCAUGCCGAAGUCAAAGAGAGACAAGAAAAUUUCGUUAACGAAGACAGCCAAAAAAGGGCUCGAGUUAAAACAGAAACUAAUCGAGGAGGUACGAAAAUGUGUGGACACCUACAGACACUUGUUCAUCUUCUCUGUGGCCAACAUGAGGAAUAACAAGCUGAAAGACAUCAGGACAGCAUGGAAACACAGCAGGUUCUUCUUCGGCAAAAACAAAGUCAUGAUGGUUGCCUUGGGUAAAGGAGAAACAGACGAAUACAAAGAUAAUUUGCACAAGGUCAGCAAGCAUCUACGAGGAGAAGUUGGUGUACUAUUCACAAAUAAAACAAAGGAUGAGGUGCAAGAGUAUUUCAAUCAUUUCAAAGAGAUGGAUUAUGCGCGAGCGGGCAACCCAGCACAGAUGGCCCUAACUCUGGAUGAGGGACCCCUGGAGAAGUUUCCUCACUCCAUGGAGCCCCAGUUGAGGCAGUUAGGGCUCCCCACUGCUCUCAAGAAAGGGGUGGUGACACUGCUGAAGGACCAUGAGGUCUGUAAGGAGGGAGAUGUGCUCACUCCUGAGCAGGCUCGCAUUCUGAAACUCUUCGGUAUCGAAAUGGCAGAAUUCAAAGUACAGAUCAAAUGUAUGUGGAACUCAGAAACGGGCGAACUUCAGAACUUUGCCGGUGUGGAGUCUUUGCAGGAGAACGAGGAUGACGAUGACGACGAUGAUGGUAUUGAUGCAGAAUAAAACAUCUGGAUCAGCAGGGGCUUGUACACGUUAUAAUAAGUCGUUUUUUGCCAACCUCAACACCAAAAGGACUUUGAUGUUGAAACCAUUCACCCUGACAGCCUGUGCUGUGUGUGGACUCUAGUCUUUGUCCUAUGUCUUUUAUUCACCCCAAACACCUUGAAUUUAAACUCUGGGCUGUUUUGCUGUUAAGGAGAUACUCAUCACUGGAUUCAAGACUCAACAACCAAAUUAUCUUGACGCCACUUGUCAAGAUUUGGAAACAUACUGACAAAAUGUCUUGUAUUGCAUUCAAGUACUUUGUCAUUCACCUAAAACAAACAUACUGUUUGAUAUGUGAGGCCACUCAUUUGAUGCAUUUUAUGUGGAAGAAAACAUUUUUGUUGAUUUAAGAAGUUUUAUUUUCUUUUUAUUGUAACAGUUUAAUUAAGGCAGACUCUA